AUGAUCCUUUCUUCUUUCUUUCUUUCUUUCUUUAUUUUUCUGUUUACUAUUCUUGUUUUUUUUUUCAGUUAUACUUGUUGCUUGGUCUUCUUUCUUUCUUUCUUUCUUACUUUCUCUAUUUCUUUCUUUCUUACUUACUCUAUUUCUUUCUUUCUUUCUUUCUUUCUUUCUUUCUUUCUUUCUUUCUUUCUCCAGCUUCUGUUAUAUAGGCAUUGGCAUAGCACAUUACCACUUUUCUUCAAUAUCGUCCUUCUUUCUUUCUUUCUUUCUUUCUUUCUUUCUUUCUUUCUUUCUUUCUUUCUUUCUUUCUUUCUUUCUUUCUUUCUUUCUCCAGUUUCAGUUUUAGAGCGCAUUACCACUUUUCUUCAAUAUCGUCCUUCUUUCUUUCUUUCUUUCUUUCUUUCUUUCUUUCUUUCAUUCUUUCUUUCUUUCUUUCUUUCUUUUUCUAUUUAUUAUUCUUGGAUUUUUUUCCAGUUAUACUUGUUGCUUGGUCUUCUUUCUUUCUUUCUUACUUUCUCUAUUUCUUUCUUCGUUUUUUGUUGUUUUCUUUCUUAUUAUUGUUUUCUUUUCUUCUUUCUCACUUUCUUCGUAAUACUUACUGCCUUCUUUCUUUCUUUCUUUGUAAUACUCAUUGUUGUCUUUCUUUCUCUCUUUCUUCGUAAUACAUACUACCUUCUUUCUUUCUUUGUAGUACUUAUUUUUUCCUUCUUUCUCUUUACGUUUAUAAUACUUAGUGUUUUCUUUCUUUCUCUUUUUCUUCGUAAUACGCAUCGCUUUCUUUGUAAUACUUAUUGCUUACUUUACUUCUAUCUUCAUAAUACUUAUUGUUUUAUUUCCUUCUUUUUUUCUUUCUUUAUUUCUUUCUUUCUUUCUAAUACUGUUUUCAUUUUCUUUUUUCUUUCUGUAUUUAUUGUUUUCGUUUUCUUUCUUUCUUUUUUCUUUCCUUCUUUAUUUCUUUCAGUACUUAUUGGUUUCUUUCAUUUUUUCUUAUAUAUUUUAUUCGAUUAUAUGUGUAUUACUUGUUGCUUCAUUUUCUUUCGUUCAUUUUUCUUUCUUUUUCUUUUUCUAAAUUACAUUUUCUUUCUUUCUAUCUAUCUAUUUUUCUUUCUUUCUUUCUUUCUUUUAGCUACUGUUAUCUUUAAUUUUGUCUUUCUUUCUUUCUAUCUUUCAAGAAAUACUUUUAGCAUUAUUUUUUCUUUUCUGUGUUCAUUAUCUAUCUAUCUAUCUAUCUAUCUAUCUAUCUAUCUAUAUAUAUAUAUGUAUAUCUAUUUCAGUCAGUUCAAAUCUACAAUUUCAGUGUUUCUAUCUAUCUAUCUAUCUAUCUAUCUAUCUAUCUAUCUAUCAGUCAUUUCAAAUCCAAAUAUUCUAGUGUGUUUCUAUCUAUCUAUCUAUCUGUCAUUGGCGUAUUUUACGUCGCUCUUCUCACCGUUUGUGGUUCAUGAUGAUGUUCAUUUGCACUGUCCUAAUGAAAUUAUCUAUCUAUCUAUUUAUCUAUCUAUCUAUCUAUCUGUGUUUAUGUUUAUACCUUUAUAUUCUUUCUUUCUUUCUUUCUUUCUUUUUCUUUCUUUUUCUUUCUUUCUUUAUUUCUUUCUUUCUUUUAUAUUUAAUUCUAUCUUAUUUGUAAUAUCAGACACUUCAUUUUCAUUCUUUCUUUCUUUCUUUCUUUCUUUCUUUCUUUCUUUCUUUCUUUCGAUUUCCAUUUUUUAUUUUUUCGAAACAAUGCAAUUUCAUUCUUUCUUUCUUUCUAUUCUUUCUUUCUUUCUUUCUUUCUUUCCGCCCUUUCUUUCUUUCCGCCCUUUCUUUCUUUCCGCCCUUUCUUUCUAUUCUUUCUUUCUUUCUUUCUUUCUUUCUUUCUUUCUUUCUUUUAUAUUUAAUUCUAUCUUAUUUACACUUCAUUUUCAUUCUUUCUUUCUUUCUUUCUUUCGUUUUCCAUUUUUUAUUUUUUCGAAACAAUGCAAUUUCAUUCUUUCUUUCUUUCUAUUCUUUCUUUCUUUCUUUCUUUCUUUCUUUCUUUCUUUCCGCCCUUUCUUUCUUUCCGCCCUUUCUUUCUAUUCUUUCUUUCUUUCUUUCUUUCUUUCUUUUAUAUUUAAUUCUAUCUUAUUUACACAUUUUUCUUUUUCUUUUCUUUCUUUCUUUCCGCAAUUUUAUUUUCUUUUUUCUUUCUUUUUUCUUUCUUUCUAUUCUUUCUUUCUUUCUUUCUAUUCUUUCUUUCUUUCUUUCUUUCUUUCUUUCUUUCUUUCUUAUAUAUUUAAUUCUAUCUUAUUUUUAAUACCAGACACUUCAUUUUCAUUCAUUCUUUCUUUCUUUCGCUUUCCAUUUUUUUUUUUUUCGAAACAAUGCAAUUUCAUUCUUUCUUUCUUUCUAUUUCUUCUUUCUUUCUUUCUUUCUUUUCUUUUUUCUUUCUUUUUUCUUUCCGCCCUUUCUUUCCGCCCUUUCUUUUUUCCGCCCUUUCAUUUAUUCUUUCUUUCUUUUUUCUUUCUUUCUUUCUUUCUUUCUUUCUUUUCUUUCUUAUAUAUUUAA